AUGUCGAAAUCGUUGUGUUGUUUAGCAUUUGAAUCCUUAUAUAACAAGUUAUUUACUGACUCUCCACGUAUCUCUUAUGAUAAGUUUAAAAGCAUAAUUCAUUCGAAUGCUGAGUUGCCUCUUAAAGCUCCACUAUUCAUCACAUGGAAUAAGAAUGAACAGUUGAGAGGAUGCAUUGGGACUUUUCAACCAUUACCGAUAGAAUCUGGUACAAAAAGAUUUUCUCUCACAUCAUCAUUACAAGAUCCAAGAUUUCCCCCAAUUGGCAAACUGGAAUUCAAUCUGUUAUCAGUUUCAGUAACACUCUUAGACAAUUUUGAACCAGCUAAAGAAUGGGAUGACUGGACAGUAGGUGAUCAUGGAUUGAAGGUCAACUUCAAUAAGGAUGGUGAAAUGUACCUGGGGACUUUCUUGCCUAGUGUUGCGGUUGAACAAGAAUGGGAUAAAAUUACCACGCUUGCCUAUCUUUUAAAGAAAGCUGAUUAUACGGGAGUUCUGAAAUCAAAGACUACCGAGUUCUAUCAAACAGGUAUUGAUGAAGGGUGGUUGGAAUUAGUUAGAUACGAGGGGGUAAAGGAAUGCUUAGAUUACAAUGAAUUUAUGGAACUUAGAAAUUCGAUUAAAUAA